GGGUCGAAAUACAAGUCCCAAAAUCAGAAGAAGCAUCCUCUUUUCUGUUGGUUACAUGUCAUGUUUAUGGGAUAGUCCUUGCAAGUUGUUUUUAGGAGAUAACUAUGAGAGGCAGGUCUGCACAUCUGAUAUUCUCUUGAGUGGAUUUUGCUGUCCCCAUUGUGAUAAAGGAUUGCACAAUAGAGCUCAACUUUAUAAUGUCAUAUCUAUGACUAUGUUGCACAGAAGAGACUUUGAUUGUGAUGACAGUUUUGUUAGAUUCCAGGUUCAAUUCUUUGAAUUUCUUUACGAUGAUUCAGUAAAAGAGUUCCAUGGCGUUUGCAUAAAAUUAUUGCCAAGAAUUCUGAGGCAUUCAACCAGAGAUAUUCUGUUAAAAACCAAGCCAAAGUGGAAUGAAUGCAUAGAUUACCUAGUACUCCACAAAUCAAAGGGCAUCAGAGAUGCGUUUCAUAUGGAGAUCAGUUGCUUCAUUGAGGAUUCUAUUUUUGAUAUAUUGUUCAGUGACAUGGAAGGAAAUAGCAAUUCUAAUGAGAGAAGGUUCGUGGACAAACUCAAUCAGGCUUUGACAGUAUCUGAGGAUUCUGAAAUCCAGGUAACUAUUUUGAAGUCAACUGCUGCCAUUAUGAAUGCCAGUGACAUUCAUAGGCCCCUGUUCUUGUACUCAUUUAUUUUAAUCAUCGAUCAACUUGAUAGCGGUUAUCAAAUAGUUAAAAUGGUUGCAUUAAGAUUCUUACGCAAUUCUCCACAUUUCUGUCAUAAGGGAGGAUUGGAACUUGUCCUUUCCAAGAUACCUCACAUUCGUGAUGGAUUAUAUGAAUAUUUCUUGUCAAGGCUUGUGAAUCGCCCUAACAUAAUCAGAGAAUUUGCAGAGUCUGUUCUUGACAUGAAGGUUGACAAACUGAUUGCAAAAAUUGUCCCUUUUGUCAUACCAAAACUUGUCAUUUCACACAAGGAUAACAAUCAGACACUUAGUAUUUUGCAUGAAUUGGCAAGCCAUCUAAGGAUUGAUGUAGUGCAAUUAAUAGUCAAAUGGCUGCCUAAAGUACUCGCUUUUACACUUCUACGUGAGGAUGAAGAGGAACUAUCCUCUGUCUUGGAAUUCUAUCAUGUUCAGACAGGAUCUCACCACAGAGAAUUGUUUGAUGCUGAUUUAUCAGCACUUUUGGAUGAACUUUUAUGCUUUUCUGGUGAAGGGGAAACGGAUGAGACUGAACUGAGGACCUCUAGAAUUCCUGUGAUCGUUGAAGAAGUAGCCAAAAGAUUGACUAGUUCUGAUGACCUUCCAAGCUUUCUAAAGAAUCAUAUUGUUGGCCUUUUAAAUAGCAUCGACCGUAAAAUGCUUCACUCUAAAGAUCUCUGGUUGCAGAAACAAGCCUUGAAGCGCAUUGAAAAGUUGAUUGAGAUGAUGGGUCCUUACCUCAGUACACAUGUUCCCAAAAUUAUGGUCCUUUUGAUCUAUGCUAUUGAUAAAGAAGCACUUCAAACUGAAGGACUCUCAGUCUUUCAUUUUUUUAUCAAGCAUCUGGCUAAACUGUCACCAUCUAGCACCAAACAUGUUAUCUCACAGGUUGUAGCUGCAUUUAUUCCAUGUUUGGAGAAAUGCAAAGAAAAUACUUCUGUUCAUUUAGAUAAAAUUGGUCAUAUCCUGGAAGAUUUUGUUGUUGAGAAUCGGCUUGUACUCGAGCAACAGAUUAGAGAGCUUCCUCUGUUGCCUAGUCUUCCAGCAUUGAACAAAGUCAUACAAGAAGCAAGGGGAUCAACAUCACUGCGUGAUCAGUUGCAAGAUGCUGUUAAUGGUCUUAAUCAUGGAAGUCUAAAUGUAAGAUAUAUGAUGGUGUGUGAGUUCAGCAAACUAUUGAAUUUGAGAAGAGAGGAAGUUACUGCUCUUAUUGCUGAUGGUUUUUUUGUGGAUUUGAAUGUUAUAAGUUCCUUAAUCUCAUCGCUACUUAGAGGUUGUGCAGAGGAGUCAAGGACAACAGUUGGCCAACGGUUCAAGUUUGUCUGCGGAGAUUGUUUAGGCGCACUUGGUGCAAUAGACCCAGCUAAAUUUAAGGGAAUAUCGCUUGAGCGCUUUAAAAUUGAAUGCUCUGAUGAUGAUUUAAUUUUUGAAUUAAUUGACAAACAUCUUGCCAGGUCAUUCAGAGAUGCUUCUGUUACAAUUGUCCAGGAUUCAGCUGCAUUGGCUAUACAAGAACUUCUGAAGCUAGCUGGUUGUCAGGCAUCACUAAGUGAGGAUCUUGCAAGUGAAGCUUCUGUUUCAUUUGUUGUUGAAGUGCAGAAUGAGAUUAAUACAAGGGGUCAAAGGUUGUGGAAACGAUUUUCUAAUAAUGUCACAGAAAUUAUUGCACCAUGUUUGACUUCAAGGUUUAAACUUCCUGUUGUAAGUGAUUCAAAAUUUGCUGGUACUGUUUAUCGCCCUUCAAUGUCAUUCCGUAGAUGAAUAUUCUAUUGGAUAAGGAAGCUUACUGCUCAGACAACUGGUCAACGCUCCAGUAUUUUCAGUGCAUGCCGUGGAAUUGUUCGGCAUGAUAUGCAGACGGCUGCUUAUUUGCUACCAUAUUUAGUACUUAAUGUUGUUUGUCAUGGCACACUUGAAGCAAGGCAUAGCAUAACUGAGGAAAUUUCAUCUGUUCUUAAUGCUGCAGCUUUAGGGCACAGUGGAGCUACAGUGCAUGGAAUUGCUGGUGGACAGAGUGAAGUAUGCAUACAGGCUGUUUUCACUCUUCUGGAUAAUCUAGGUCAAUGGGUUGGUGAUCUUAAACAAAAAACUGCUGCUCUCUCUCAGACUUCUAAUUCUUCAGCCACAAGGAAAGUGCUCGGGCUUAAAGUUGAUAGUGAAGCUAUGGUCAAUGUAUCUGAGCUACUAGCAUCCAUUCCAAAAGUCACUCUUGCUAAGGCCGCAUUCAGAUGUCAGGCUCAUGCUCGUGCACUGAUGUAUUUUGAAUCACAUGUCCAAGAGAAGUCCGGUUCAUUCAAUCCAGUCGCUGUGAGAAUCAGAUUUGAUAAGCCUGAGGAGUCAAGUUCCACUGAUUCAGCCACCACAAGAAGUGAUUCUGAUCAUCCCUUUGCAGAUGAAGACAUAUCAUUUUUGAUGGAGAUCUAUAGUGGUUUAGAUGAGCCUGAUGGCCUCUCUGGUUUAGCUAACUUGAGAAAAACAUCAAAACUGCAAGAUCAACUUCUAAUAAAUGAGAAAGCAGGAAAUUGGGCAGAAGUACUGACGUUAUGUGAACAGGCCUUGCAGAUGGAGCCUUCUUCAGUUCAAAGGCAUUUAGAUUUUCUCAAUGGAUUGCUUAACAUGUGCCACUUUCAAGCCAUGGUUACACAUGUAGAUGGUCUAAUCUCUAGAAUACCACAGUAUAAGAAGACAUGGUGCAUGCAAGGUGUGCAGGCAGCCUGGAGGUUAGGUAGAUGAGAUCUGAUGGAUGAGUACCUCUCUUCUGCUGAAAAAGAUGUAGCAGACAAUAUCCCUGAGAGCAUUGCUUCAUUUGAUUUGGGGCUUGCCAAGAUUAUCCAGGCCAUGAUGAACAAAGAUCAGUUCACGGUUGCUGAGAGAAUUGCACAAUCAAAACAGGCAUUACUUGUUCCCUUGGCAGCCGCUGGUAUGGAUUCUUAUGUCCAUGCAUAUCCGUACAUAGUGAAACUUCACAUGCUUUCUGAGUUGGAAGAUUAUAGUGCUCUUCUUGGGCAAGGUUCAUUUCUUGAAACAUCCUUCACUUUAGAUGAUCCAAAAUUUUUAAAAAUGACCAAGGACUGGGAAAAUUGUUUAAGGUUCACAGAACCAUCUCUUUGGGCUAGAGAGCCAUUGUUAGCUCUCCGCAGGUUAGUUUUCAGUGCGAAUAGUUUGAGUGCUCAAGUUGGAAAUUGCUGGCUUCAGUAUGCAAAGCUUUGUCGUUCUGCUGGUCACUACGAGACUGCCCACCAGACUAUAUUAAUGGCAUAUGCCUCUGGUGCUCCAAAUGUCCACAUGGAGAAAGCGAAACAUCUUUGGUCUAUUAGAAAAUCUGAUGAUGCCAUAGCUGAGCUGCAGGCUUUUAUCCCAGAUUCAAAUACUCCUGUCGAUAUACAAGCACCAAAGGAGAACCGAGAUCUGGCUAAAAUCAUUCUCCUCUACACAAGAUGGAUUCACUAUACAGGUCAAAAGCAGAAAGAGGAGAUUAUGAAAAAUUAUUCUAGAGUGAGGGACCUGCAACCCAAUUGGGAAAAAGGAUAUUUUUUCAUGGCAAAAUAUUGUGAUGAUCUGCUUGUUGAUGCCAGGAGACGUCAAGAAGAUAAUGUUGCUUCCCGCACUGCUGGUAGUUCUUUGAAUUCAUCUACUAAAGAGAAGCCAUGGUGGAUGCUGUUAUCUGAUGUGUUUAUGUUUUAUGCAAAUGGACUUCAGAAAGGGCACAAGAACCUGUUCCAAGCUCUUCCAAGAUUGCUUACACUUUGGUUUGAAUUUGGUAGCAUAUAUCACCGGGAUGGUUCCUCAACCAAUGAGGCUAUGAGAACAGUAUUCACAAGGAUCUCAAGUAUUAUGCGGGAUUGUCUGAAGGAUUUGCCAACAUAUCAAUGGCUAACUGUGCUAUCUCAAUUGGUUUCUCGCAUCUGCCACGAAAAUGAAGAAAUAGUUCGCAUUGUUAGGCGCAUAAUUACAUCAGUUCUACAAGAAUACCCGCAGCAAGUUCUUUGGACGAUGGCUGCCGUUUCUAAGUCAACAGUUGCUGCUAGGCGCGAAGCUGCUUCUCAGAUCAUACAAGCUGCAAGAACUGCAAGUGAAAACAAGGACUUGUUUAUUCAAUUUGAUAUCUUGAUUGGUCACCUCAUUAAGCUGUGUUUUCAUCCUGGACAACCAAAGUCUACAAUUAAUAUCUCAACCGAAUUUAGUGCCUUGAAAAGAAUGAUGCCCCUAGGAAUCAUAUUGCCAGUCCAGCAGGCUCUUACUGUUACUUUACCCACCUAUGACGCUAGUCUUACAGAUUCACCUAGUUUUGAUGUCUUUUCAACCUCUAAUCAAGCAAUGAUAACUGGCAUAUCAAACAAGGCUGAAAUCCUUUCUUCUCUUCAACGACCAAAGAAGGUUGUCUUUAUUGGAAGUGAUGGUUUACAACAUCCGUUCCUCUGCAAGCCAAAUGAUGACUUGCGAAAAGAUGCGCGGAUGAUGGAAUUCACCUCAAUGAUUAAUCGUCUCUUUUUCAAAUUCCCUGAGAGUCGCAGAAGAAAGUUAUAUAUCCGCACCUUUGCUGUGAUCCCCCUCACUGAGAAUUGUGGGAUGGUGGAGUGGGUCCCACAUACACGUGGGCUUCGGACCAUUCUUCAAGACCUCUACUCUUCCUGUGGCAAAUUUGAUAGACAGCAGACAAAUCCUAAAAUCAAAAAAAUCUAUGACCGGUGCAAGACAUCAAAAGAGGAGAUGUUGAAAUCACAAAUCCUCCCUAUGUUCCCUCCUAUUUUCCACAAAUGGUUCUUGACCACUUUCUCAGAGCCAGCUUCGUGGUUUCGAGCAAGGGUAGCUUAUGCACAUACCUGUGCUGUUUGGUCCAUGGUUGGCCACAUUGUAGGACUAGGGGAUAGGCAUGGCGAGAACAUUCUGUUUGACUCGACUACCGGUGACUGUGUCCAUAUUGAUUUUGGUUGCUUGUUUGAUCAAGGGUUACGAUUAAAAGAGCCCGAGUUGGUACCUUUUAGGUUAACUCAGAACAUGAUUGAUGGCCUUGGUAUUACGGGAUACAAGGGUGUCUUUUUAAAGGUCUGCGAAAUUACCCUUUCAGUGCUGAGAACAAAUAGAGAAAUGUUGAUGAGCAUUUUGGAAACUUUCUUGCACGAUCCCUUGGUGGAGUGGACAAAAUUAGACAAAUCCAGCAGGGUGGAAGUUCAAAAUCCGUACGCACAGAAGGCCAUAAGCAAUAUCAAGGCACGCCUCGAAGGAAUCAUGGUUGGGGUUGGAGCUGCACCUUCUUUGCCAUUAUCCAUAGAAGGACAGGCCCAGCGUCUCAUUGAAGAAGCCAUCUCGCUUGAAAAUCUUAGCAAGAUGUACAUAUGGUGGAUGGCUUGGUUCUAAACUCAAGGCACCAUGGCCAGUUUUUUUGUGCUCCAUCAGAGCAAUGGCAGGUUGACCACAAAUCUCCACAGCUUUUAAAUCUUCUCUCCUUUUGUUAUUCCUCAUUUCUAGAGUUUUGGUGAGGACCAAGAUAGAUUUUUCACAGGCAUUUUUGGCUAGCACAAGUUCUGUGAAUUUUUUUUCUCCUUUUGUUUUUAGUUUCAAAUCAAGUGCUAUAAUCUCCUCUCCUUAUGCAUCAUCAACUAGAGAGCUACUGUAAAUAUUUUGAUUUUUGAUGGUUCAAUCAGUAUCUAACUGUUCUAGUACAUUUUCUUUGUUAAAGGAU